UCUUACAAAGUUAAAAACAGACUUUGUUUAUCUUACAGGCUGUUUGUUAGAGAUGCUCUCCGAGUAGUUAACCUGCUUUUCUCUCUCCACCUCGUACCUCUACUUUCUUACCGCACUCUCCUCAGCCGUACACGCUGAGAGGAGUUUAUCAACCUUUGCAUUUCACUUCCUCACUCAAGCUUUUUCUGCUCUCUUUGUAUCUCAACUGGACCAUUAUUUUGUGCUUUCUUUACCUUGCAGCACGACAAAAGAGCUCAGGACUUUGAGUUUUCUCCUCCAUCGUCUGUCAAAAGACUGUUUUGCUUGAAUUACCUCGCUCUGCAGGCGCCUUUUUUGCACUUUCGAGGAGGAUUUGUUGCAGCUGCCAGUUUGCUCGACAGGAGGAGGAGAGAGCACCGUGAGGAUUUUUAAACCGAGGGUUUGGUGAGCGCCAUGGCGGCUGAAGUGGAUACGUGGUCCUCUGCACCCAAAGCCGACGGGAUGUUUUCCUAUGAGGAGAAGCUGUCGGAGGCUAACCGUGCUUACAGCGGUGACGAGGACUUGCUAAAUGAGGCGGAGGUAAACGGUAACUGGACACCUCAGGAGAAAGCACUCCACGAAGCGCGACUCAAAGCCAAAGCAAAGCGACGCAUGCGCAAGUCAUCGUCCCGCAACUCCACCAGCGAGUCGUUCUCUGAGUCGGGAGAUUUGGCAGAAGGGGGCCCACACAGUCCGAAGGGCAAAGUCAACACCAACGACCGCAAGUCCAGGACAGGCAAAGGCAGAGGCCUGCCAAAAAAAGGUGGAGCAGGUGGUAAAGGAGUUUGGGGGGCUGCUGGGAUGGUUUAUGAAGAUGAGGAGCCUGAUGUUCGGGAUCCUAACUAUGAUGAAUCUGCUCAGGGUGAUACAGUCUAUGCAACUGUUGUUCCUGAGGUAGAUGAGAAGGAACUGGAGAAAAUGGUCAACCCAAUUGUACAGGAAUACUUUGAACAUGGGGACACAAAAGAAGUCCAGAUGUUGCUGAAGGAGCUGAACCUGGGUCCACAUAAGUUCGAGUUCUCCUCCUUGGCCGUUUCUCUCUCUCUGGAGGGGAAGGCUAGCCACAGAGAGCUGACCUCCCGCCUGCUGUCCGAUCUGACUGGCAAGGUGCUGUCACAAAGUGACAUGGCCCGAGCCUUCGACAAGACCCUCAAAGAGCUGCCAGACCUCAUUCUCGACACACCGGAUGCUCCUCAGAUGUUGGGCCAGUUUAUAGCCAGAGCCAUAGCAGACCACAUCCUACCCAUGUCUUUCCUGGACUGUUACAAGGGCAAAGUAGACUGUGAGCAUGCAAGAGUUGCUUUGGACCGAGCUGCUGUGCUGCUAAGCAUGAAGAGGGAGAUGGUGCGUCUAGAUAACGUGUGGGGUGUAGGUGGAGGUCUGAGACCCGUCAAACAUCUCAUCAAAGAGAUGAAUCUCCUGCUAAAAGAGUACCUGGUGUCAGGUGACGUGUCUGAGGCAGAGCACUGUCUACGAGACCUGGAGGUCCCACACUUCCACCAUGAGCUGGUCUAUGAGGCUAUAGUGAUGGUGCUGGAGUCAAAGGGAGACACUGCCAGUCACAUGAUGAUAAAGCUACUCAAAUCCUUCUGGAAAACAGGCCUCAUCACUGUGGAUCAGAUGAACAGGGGCUUCCAGCGUGUCUAUGACGAGCUCCCUGAGCUCAACCUGGAUGUGCCGCAUGCUCACUCCAUCAUGGAGACCUUUGUGGACCUCUGUUACCAGGAAUCUGUCAUCACCAAGCAGCUGAGGGAUGCCUGCCCCUCCAGAGGGCGGAAGCGUUUUGUGAGUGAAGGAGAUGGAGGAGUGAUCAAAAGCUAAUCCAAAAGAAACAAGGGGAACAGCAGGAGGAGGAGGAAGAAGAAGAGUUUCUUCAGGCCCAUGCACCCUGUUUCUGCUCCAGCAUGUUUCCCCCUGGUAUCGGGCGUGCUGGAAGUCUCAAGUUUUCCUUUUUCCUCUCUCUCAAAAUUGUUAUCAUUACACAAACCAGCGUUGACGUUCGGUGAAAGUAGACUGAUGAGUGGCUUGGGCGUUCAGUUCCCUUCAUCUUGUUAAUCACUGUUUGUGACUUCUUUUUUUUUUGUAAAAAUAUUCUUUAUUUCUCGGGUUUGAUGCACCCUGCUCCCCACAGUCUGCGCACCUGUUCCUACAGAAACAUUCAAGUCAGAAUUAAAGGCAGAAAAGCAGAGAAUUGUGGGAGAUGACUUGGUCUUUUUUUUUUUUUUUUUUGCUUCAUUUGUCGCUUUGUCUGUUUUUUCAUGUGCUUUGUUAAGAAUUAAAAAAAAGUAAGCACUUAAAUGAAAGAGCAAACUGUACAGUCAGUGGGCCCGUUGUAAUUCAGCUCAACAAAAACAUUUUUUAUGCCACAAAUGAUGUGAAAUUAUUUCAAGGACAACAUGCUUUGCAGCUUUUGGUUUAAGUGGUUCUGUUGAUCCUUUCUGAGCAGCAUUUUUUGUUCUCUUUAUUUCAUUUGCUCUUGGUCUCUUAGGCCAAAUGUUCACUUUGUAAAGCACAACAGUCGAAGCAAAGAAGUGUUUUGGAACUGUUUUGUGGUGUUUAUUUGGUACAUUGCAUGAAAGGCAAUAUACUUCAUUAAAAAAUCUAAAUAAACUGGGGUAGAAGAAAAUUAAACAGAAGAAAUAAACAGUUAAGUACUGAACACUCUUUGUUAAAAUAUGCAGCUGUCAGAGUCAAAAUGUAUUGUUAAGGAGUAUACAAUCCUUCAGUAAAAUGCAAAUGUUCUUGGAAAUCGUCUCUGAACUUGAAUUGUUUGUGAAAUGGCAGCCCCAGCUUUUCUUUAAAGGCAAUAUGUCAGGCAUAUUCAGACUUUACUUCCACUGUCUGUAACAGUUUUACAUGUUGACCAAAGUUUAAAUAUGUUGCUACAAAAAUAUAUUUCUUUCAUUAAAGAAGCAAAAUGAUGAAGUUCUAGAUGUUUUUGUUGGUUCGUGUCAUUGAGGGACAUUGAUUGAGUAGUUGUACAUCAGUUGCUCUUGUUGAUCAUCAACUAUUCAUUUUAUUUUAAAUUUGUCUUUCACUGGUACCUUCCCUUGUCCCUUUUCCUAUCUUUUCUGACUUUUGACAAGGGCAGGUGUAAAAAUGUUUGCUUAAAACUGUCACUGAGCAGCAGUUUGAAGCCAAAGUUUAAUUUCUUUCCCCCAAAAAGCUCUGUAUCUUAAACUCCAUCUAUGGUACUUGUCAAAUACCCUGCCAUGUGUCUGCAUAGCACAGCCAAGUUAUGCCUAAUGCCAAGUGUAAAUAACUGGUCAAGGGAAAUUAUGUUAAAUGGUUCAUAUUUGGAAAUGGGUGUAAUUCGCAGGACGCAUUCAUGCAUGCAGCUGUCAUUUGUCAAAUAGAGGCUAUAAUGUUAAUGUUUUGUACUCCUACAGUCAUCUUUGUACUAUUGACAAAUUUUGGAUUAGAAAAGUGUUCAUGACACACUCCCAUACACCAGAUGUUCAUAUAUAUUUCAAUAAAAUUACAUAUUUCCCUCUGAAAUGAAA